AUGGCUCUCGUGCAGACCAACCCCGAUGCCUACGUGAUCAAGCCAGAGGCCGCUGCGCCUGCCAUCGACACCAGCGACUGGCCGUUGCUACUCAAGAACUACAGCGACCUGCUCGUCCGCACAUCGCAUUAUACCCCCAUCCCGCAAGGAUGCGCGCCCCUUGCGCGUGACCUCAAGUCGUACAUCUCUUCCGGCGUCAUCAACCUCGACAAGCCGUCGAACCCGUCUUCCCACGAGGUCGUCUCAUGGAUCAAGCGCAUGCUCCGCGUCGAGAAGACAGGUCACUCGGGAACCCUCGAUCCCAAGGUCACUGGGUGCUUGAUUGUGUGCAUUGACCGCGCUACUCGCCUCGUCAAGUCGCAGCAGGGCGCCGGAAAGGAGUACGUCUGCGUCAUCCGCAUGCACGACAAGUUGCCCGGCGGCGAGGCCCAGUUUGCGCGCGCCCUCGAGACCCUCACCGGUGCUCUCUUCCAGCGUCCCCCGCUCAUCUCCGCCGUCAAGCGCCAGCUCCGUAUCCGUACCAUCCACGAGAGCAAGUUGUACGAGUUUGACAACGAGAGGCAGCUCGGUGUCUUCUGGGUCAGCUGCGAGGCCGGUACCUACAUCCGUACUCUCUGUGUCCACUUGGGUCUGCUGCUCGGUGUCGGCGCCCACAUGCAGGAGCUGCGUCGUGUAAGGUCCGGUGCCAUGGACGAGACCAAGGACUUGGUUACCCUCCACGACGUCCUCGAUGCCCAGUGGCUCCACGACAACAACCGCGACGAGUCGUACCUGCGCCACGUCAUCUCUCCCCUCGAGAGCCUUCUGACCAGCUACAAGCGCAUCGUCGUCAAGGACAGCUCCGUCAACGCUAUCUGCUACGGUGCCAAGCUCAUGCUUCCCGGUCUCCUCCGCUUCGAGAAGGGCAUCGAGAUCCACGAGGAGAUUGUCCUCAUGACCACCAAGGGUGAGGCUAUUGCCCUUGCGUACGCCCAGAUGUCCGCCGUCGAGAUGACAUCCUGCGACCACGGCGUUGUUGCCAAGAUCAAGCGUGUCAUCAUGGAGCGCGACCUGUACCCCAGGCGAUGGGGCAUGGGCCCGGUUGCCACUGAGAAGAAGAAGAUGAAGGAAGCUGGCACACUCGAUAAAUUUGGCCGCCCUAACGAAAAGACCCCCGCCAAGUGGAACACCGAGUACAAGGACUUCAACAGGACCGACGUCGAGUCUGCACCUCUCGCUGAGACCACCUCCACUGCUGAAGUCCUCGCUGCUCCUGCCGUUGCCCCUACCGGUGAGGCCCCCGAGGCCAGCGGCGCGUCUGAGAAGACCAAGAAGCGCAAGCACGACGAGGAGGAGACAGCUGAGGAGAAGGCCGAGCGCAAGCGCAAAAAGAAGGAGGAGAAGGCGGCCAAGAAGGCCAAGAAGGAGAAGAGGAAGAGUAAGGCGGCCGACAGCGACAGCGACUCUGACUGA